GUCCGCUGUGUUACCGACGGUCGUCUGGUCUCAAUAAUGACUUGAACUUGAUUGUUCCAAGGUUGUGCAUUAUGACCUUUCAAUGCUUCCUUGUCCUAGCUAUUGUUCGUUCCAUGGUUGAUUGACGAGUGUGGGUCCCAUACAAGCCUAACAACCUUCAGAGCGCCGUUGGCCAAUUCUUAUAAAGAGAGCACCUUGCCGUGCUGAUCAAGUCCUAUCACCAUAUUACCUUAACAUAACUACUGCUGCCACCACAACUACAACCUACAAAACGACAACCUACACAAACAUCUUAACAUCCAAGCUUCUCUCCUCUACCAUAAAUUCCUAUAUCCAGACAUUGUGAUGUCGAACUUCAACCUCGCCGUCCGGACGAGUCGCCGCCUCUCCCGCACCUUCUGCGUAUCACCAUUAGAGAAGUCUGUGGCAUACAAAACCCGCGCAUCUCAACGCAUCGCAUACAAUCCCUACAACCCAUACUUUGAAGCACAUCCGCCCUCCGUCCUCACCGCCCCCGCCUCCGUGCAAAAGCGCACAUACACCACCCCGUCUCGCCGCGCAAGCAUCGCCAGCAUUUCUAGCAUCUCUAGCAUCUCCGGCCAAAAUGCGUCCUCGACUUCAAGCACACGCAGACCACACCUCCGCCACCUGAGCGCCGCAGCUCGCCGUCUCGAAGCCGUCAGCGAGCGGAAAGCCGACUCGACCAUGUCUCCUCCAUCAGCGAUCCCGCGCCUGCAUCCCGCGCGCCCCAUCUCCGGCCCGGGCCUCAACACCUCUGCUUCCAUCACCAUCACGCCGCGCGCUGCAGACAGGCUCGCUGCCAUUGCCGCAAAGGACGGCAAUCCCAAUAGCGCGCUGCGCAUCACUAUCGAGAGCGGAGGUUGCCAUGGCUUCCAGUAUCUGAUGGACCUCACUACGAUUGGAGCCAAGGGCAAGAGCUCUGUGGAUGUUGGUGACGAGGAGUACGAUACGGUUUUCGAGGGACCCAAGGGUGCCAAGGUUGUUAUGGAUGAGGCUAGCUUGGGACUGCUGAGUGGGAGCACGGUGGACUAUACGAUGGAGCUCAUUGGAAGCCAAUUCAAGGUCACCGGAAUCCCGGGAGCGUCGAGUAGCUGUGGAUGCGGAACGAGCUUUGAUAUCAAGGAAUGAAGAAGCACACAGGCAUAGAAUAUUCAUUGGCAUCGCAUGUCGGAAAUUGAAUAUUAGGUGUUUUGAGGGGUCCAGGGAGUCAUACAAAAAAUGUACCAGGAGGAAGGCGUGAGGCUUUUGUACACUCAUAGCGCCUUGCAUCACACACUAUAUCAUCGGAGCACAGCUAGGUACACAUGUACAACACCGAAAUUUUACUCAUCACUUAUGCAAUGUAAUGUACCCCAAUCAAUUUUACAUGUUGCGGGUAU